CGUUGUGUUUACGAAAUACUGUAAAAGAUUAUAUUAUUUAUGAGAUUUGGUACAUUUUCCAUAAAUAGAGAAAACUGUAAUUAAUUCAAGAAAGAAUUUAGAAGAUUUCACAGUCGUUUUCGGCUGUAAUAUCUGAAAAGACAUCGUUUUAUAUUCGGAAUAUUAGUUACGGCGUUACCGGAGCUUCCCGAACACUUUCUUCAUUUGGUUUUCUGUGGUUUUUAUUGUAGAUACGGCGUUUAUGUGGAUUCUUUAUGUUUGGAUGAUCUUAUUUUUCUUAGCGAUAUGAUGGUCAUAGAGAUUUAAUUUCCUGGCAGUCAGAUUAUUCGUGGUGGUCAUUCUCGUGUAAUAUACAAUUAUCAGAAACAGGAAUAUCAGGGCAUCAUGGCUAUGCAUACCAUACCACCAAAACGAAAAGAAAUCUACAAGUACGAGGCACCAUGGCCAUUGUACAGCAUGAAUUGGUCAGUGAGACCCGACAAGAGAUUUCGUCUAGCACUGGGAAGCUUUGUAGAAGAGUAUAAUAACAAAGUACAAAUUGUUUCACUGGAUGAAGAAACAUCUGAAUUCAGUGCUAAAAGUACAUUUGACCAUCCUUAUCCUACUACAAAAAUUAUGUGGAUCCCAGACAGCAAAGGUCAGCUUCCCGAUCUUCUCGCGACAUCUGGCGAUUAUCUGAGAGUAUGGCGUGCCGCAGAACCUGAGACUCGUUUAGAGUGUGUCCUAAAUAAUAAUAAGAACUCAGAUUUCUGUGCACCGCUUACAUCUUUCGACUGGAACGAGGUGGAUCCCAAUCUAAUCGGAACUUCCAGCAUUGAUACCACAUGUACAAUUUGGGGAUUGGAGACAGGACAGGUUAUGGGUCGAGUCACAAACAUGGUCAGCGGUCACGUGAAAACACAACUGAUUGCACACGACAAAGAAGUUUAUGAUAUCGCGUUCAGUCGUGCCGGAGGUGGCCGCGACAUGUUUGCCUCUGUCGGCGCUGAUGGAUCCGUGAGGAUGUUUGAUCUACGACAUUUGGAGCAUUCGACGAUUAUCUAUGAGGAUCCACAGCAUACUCCGCUGUUACGAUUAGCAUGGAACAAGCAGGAUCCCAAUUAUCUUGCUACUGUAGCGAUGGACGCUUGCGAAGUCAUCAUUCUGGACGUUCGAGUGCCGUGCACGCCAGUCGCGAGAUUGAAUAAUCACAGGGCCAGUGUUAAUGGGAUAGCCUGGGCCCCGCAUUCAUCCUGUCACAUUUGCACAGCCGGUGAUGAUCAUCAGGCUUUAAUCUGGGAUAUACAGCAAAUGCCAAGAGCAAUAGAGGAUCCUAUACUUGCUUACACCGCCGCAGAAGGCGAGGUCAAUCAAAUUCAAUGGGGUGCCACGCAACCCGAUUGGAUAGCCAUUUGUUACAACAAAGCGGCAGAGAUUCUUCGAGUAUAAUCUUCUUUAUUGAAACGCAUUUAUUUCAUCUCGAGGUAUUCGAGAAUGUUGCUAC